AUGACGCGGCAGAUGGACGCGCUCGCACUCACUUCUCUUCUCGCGUCCAUCUCGCCGCUCGCAGCAUCGACAAACAUCUCUCUCGCUCUUCUUCUCGUUUUCCCCUCCCUCCACAUCCCUACAACGCUAAGGUUCGAGGUAAUUGACUUGUAUCUUACGAGUUCAUCUACCUACUCUUUGGCGUUCAGGUCUGGUCCAGUGGACUCACGGAUUGACGGUUUUUUGUUCCCGCCUCACCCAGUCCGUGCCCUCCCGGCCAGCCUCCGGCAACCCCACUCUUCUCGUAUCUCCCUUUCUUCCCUUUCCACCCUUUCCCUCUUCCUCCCGUCCAUCGGGAGCACACAUCUCAUCGGAUGA